GGUCUAAGGCUGGCUAGUCAAAUCAUAUACCACAAAUAAAAGUGUUCAAUUUUCACAAAAAACUUGUGUUCAAUUAAGUUAUGAGAUUGAUUAAAUUUUACUUCAAAAAUCCAUCGUGUUAGCUGUUUGUAUUAGUUAAACCCAUAUUGGAAUCAACAUGAUUUAACUAUAAUUUUUUACGGUUUAAACUAUUUAGUUUCAUUAAAGAUUAUAUCAAUAAAAUAAUCAUUAAGAAAAAAAUAAAGAAAUGGUAACCUCACCCUAUGGUAGAAUGAGAGUGGUGUUACAAAUAUUAAAAAAAAAAUAACUAACAAAUUUUGUUUCUUUAAACGUUUUUACCUCCGUGCUUUGUGAUUCAUGAUCAUGCACAUCGUCACUAUAUUUACUCAGUCGUGAUCUCGAGGUAAAUAAGCGACAUUCUCUCACACAAGAUACACUCUCUCUAUUUCGAUCUAAUUAAAUUCACAUUUUUCAGGCGAGAGAUCAGAUGGCGACGAUUCGAUGGGCUUCAACAUUUAGACAUUUCACCACCGUCGCCAUAGUACUAACAACAAUUUUACUAUGGGGAUCGAAGACGGCAAACGGGCUACGGUUCGUGAUCGACAGAGAGGAAUGCUUCGCUCACAACGUCGAUCAGGCGGACACGAUCCACGUCUCAUUCGUCGUCAUCAAAUCCGAUUCCGUCUGGGAUUACACCCAGGAGGGCGUCGAUUUCAAUAUAACAGCACCACCUGGAAUUGUCAUCCACGAAAUGAAAGACAAGACAAGUGAGAAGUACGAGUUUGUGGUUUACUACACAGGGGCUUAUCGUUUCUGUUUCACCAACAAGUCUCCUUAUCAUGAAACCAUUGAUUUCGACGUUCAUGUCUCUCACUUCACUUUCCAUGACGAACAUGCCAGAAAUGAGCAUUUCUGGCCAUUGAUGGAGGAGAUAACCAAACUCGAGGAGGCGCUCUACAACAUUCAGUUUGAACAACACUGGCUUGAGGCCGAAACAGAACGCCAAGCAAGAGUGAACAAUGACUUGAACCGAAGAGCAACUCAUAAGGCGAUGUUUGAAUCAGUUGCACUUGUUGGAUCGAGUUGCCUACAAUUUUAUCUCUUGCGGCGCUUGUUCGAAAGGAAGUUCGGUUACUGUAGAGUUUAGUCCUCCACGUAGAGAUUUGUUGUAGUGUUCACCUCUUCAGUAGCUUUGCUUACUGUGGCUGCAAUGUACUUCGAUCCUUUACGUUGUUAUAAGAGGAACAAUCUAGUCCGACGACUCGACCUAGACGUAUAAAGUCGAUCCAGUUUC